AUGGCUGAAACUAAUAAUGUUGUAGUAUUAAAAUCAAGUCGUCAAUUAAAAGGCUUAUUCACAAUUAUCAGAAAUCGUGAUACAAAAAGAGAAGAUUUCAUUUUUUAUUCAGAUAGAAUUAUUCGUCUUUUAAUUGAAGAAGGUUUAAAUUGCCUCCCAUUCGAAGAAACCACAAUCACCACACCAACUGGCGCUGAAUACAACGGUGUUUCAUUCGCUAGUAAAAUCUGUGGUGUUAGUAUCGUUAGAGCUGGUGAAUCAAUGGAAGCUGGUCUUCGUGCUGUUUGUAAACAUAUCAAAAUUGGUAAAAUUUUAAUUCAAAGAGAUGAAGAGACAGCAAUGCCAAAAUUAUUAUAUGCUAAAUUACCAAAUGAUAUUGCUAAAAGACAUGUAUUAUUAUUAGACCCAAUGUUAGCUACUGGUGGUACUGUUACACAAGCCAUUGAAGUCCUUUUAGAAAGAGGUGUAAAAGAAGAAAAUAUUGUUUUUAUUAAUUUAGUUGCCGCCCCAGAAGGUAUCAAAUAUUUCCAAGAUAGACAUCCAAAAGUUAAAAUUGUUACUGGUGAAAUUGAUGAAAGACUUAAUGAAAAGAAAUACAUUAUGCCAGGUAUUGGUGACUUUGGUGAUUUAUACUUUGGUACCAAUCAUCAUUAAAUAACGAUAUAAAAAAAAUAAAUAAAAUCAUUUUAAAGU